UCAUGUUCCAAGCCGAACCAAAAACAGAACCGAUCGAACAAAUUUGCUUCUGUCAGAGUUUUGAAGAACUGAUGCAACGGGGAUAUGAAUACCUACUCAUUCAGAUGGGGAGAAAGGUUUGAGAAAAAAUAAGGAAAAAUUUUCUAGCUUGUCGGUUUGUCACACCAAAAAAGCUAGCUUUCUAUACUGGGUUGUUUUUGCAUGGGUACUCUCUCUCCCUAAUUUUCUCUUCCAGUUACAACUCAGUCAAAUUCACAACACCCUCAUCUUCCAAACUCCCUCAUUCAAUUCGUAUUUCCUCAUAUCUUUCCUUUCCUCCUCCUUUUAGAACCUCUGAACCUUUUCUCACAGCAUUCUUUCCUUAUCUCUUUCUGGUUUGGUAGCUCCUUAUAGACACCCAGUGCUUGGCCAUAGUUGGGGUCCGUUUCGAGCUCUUUAUUCUGGGUUAUUGCAGUUGCAAGAUCCCGUGCCCGAGAUUUCCUUCGUAGGCAAGUUGGUUUUGAAGAUUGAGUAGAGGUGAUAAUGAGUAACCCUGCAGCAAAUCAUAUGGUUAUGGAGAUAGAGGCAAACAAACCAGCAGGGAAUGGAAAUGUAGUGGCGGGUUUGAGCCCCCUGAGUGAGACUCUAUGGAGGGACAUGGCUAAGACGGAGAUCGUGGGGGAUGUCUCGGCGAGGCUCACUUGGAAGGAUCUGACUGUCAUGGUCACUCUCAGCAAUGGAGAGACACAGAAUGUUUUGGAAGGACUCACUGGUUAUGCCGAGCCUGGGACCUUUACAGCCCUAAUGGGUCCCUCUGGUUCAGGCAAAUCUACCCUCCUUGAUGCUCUUUCUAGUCGUCUUGCGGCUAACGCAUUCCUUUCUGGUACCAUCCUCCUCAAUGGUCGCAAAACAAAGCUCUCUUUUGGGACUGCAGCCUAUGUCACCCAAGAUGAGAACCUGAUCGGCACUCUAACAGUGCGGGAGACGAUUUCAUAUUCAGCUCGACUCCGUCUGCCCGAUAAGAUGUCACGGUCAGAGAAGCGUGCACUGGUUGAGAGUACCAUUAUAGAGAUGGGUCUCCAAGAUUGCGCUGACACGGUCAUUGGAAACUGGCAUUUGCGUGGAAUCAGUGGAGGAGAGAAGAGAAGAGUUAGCAUUGCUCUUGAGAUCUUGAUGAGACCCAGGUUGCUCUUCCUGGAUGAGCCAACCAGCGGACUUGAUAGUGCCUCUGCUUUCUUUGUAACACAAACAUUACGGGGCCUGUCAAGAGAUGGUAGGACUGUGAUAGCGUCAAUUCAUCAGCCAAGCAGUGAAGUAUUUGAACUGUUCGAUCAAUUGUACUUGCUUUCUGGUGGCAAGACUGUUUAUUUUGGCCAAGCUUCCGAAGCAUACGAGUUCUUUGCUCAAGCUGGGUUUCCCUGUCCCGCUUUGAGGAACCCAUCUGAUCAUUUUCUUAGAUGCAUCAAUUCUGACUUCGAUAAAGUUAAGGCCACUCUAAAAGGAUCCAUGAAACUGCGGUUUGAGGCAAGUGAUGAUCCACUUGAGAGGAUUACCACAGCUGAAGCUAUUCGAACCCUUGUUGACUUCUACCGCACUUCUCAGCACUGCUAUGCUGCAAGAGAAAAAGUGGAGGAGAUAUCCAAAGUGAGAGGAACUGUGCUAGAUUCAGGAGGUAGUCAGGCUAGUUUCUUGCUGCAAGCCUAUACCUUGACCAAGCGUUCAUUUGUUAACAUGUCAAGGGACUUCGGUUAUUACUGGCUUAGGCUUGUAAUUUACAUUGUAGUCACUAUCUGCAUUGGGACCAUCUAUUUGAAUAUCGGGACGAGUUACACUUCAAUUCUGGCAAGGGGAUCAUGUGCAUCUUUUGUGUUUGGUUUUGUAACAUUCAUGUCAAUUGGCGGUUUUCCUUCGUUUGUCGAAGAUAUGAAGGUUUUCCAGAGAGAAAGGCUGAAUGGCCACUAUGGUGUAACUGCAUUUGUCAUCGGUAACACACUGUCUGCAAUGCCCUUCCUGAUAUUGAUAACCUUUCUCUCUGGAACAGUUUGUUACUUCAUGGUCCGCCUGCACCCGGGAUUCGAGCACUAUAUAUUCUUUGUACUAUGCCUUUUUGCAAGUGUCACUGUGGUGGAGAGCUUGAUGAUGGCCAUAGCCAGUAUUGUCCCUAACUUCCUCAUGGGUAUCAUCAUUGGGGCUGGAAUUCAGGGCAUAUUCAUGCUAGUCUCUGGUUACUUUAGGCUCCCAAAUGACAUUCCAAAGCCUGUGUGGCGCUACCCCAUGUCAUACAUCAGCUUCCAUUUCUGGGCUCUACAGGGGCAAUACCAGAAUGAUCUCAAGGGCUUGUUGUUUGACAACCAACCACCGGAUCUUUUCAAGAUACCGGGCGAGUACAUCUUGGAAAACGUGUUCCAGAUUAACGUUCACCGAUCAAAGUGGGUAGAUCUUAGUGUCCUCUUCAGCAUGAUAGUCGUCUACCGCAUCAUCUUCUUCAUCAUGAUCAAAGUUAGUGAGGAUGUAACGCCCUGGAUCAGAGGUUAUAUGGCUAGAAGAAGAAUGCAACUGAAGAAUGGUAAUCAACAUACAACAGUUGCUCCUGCUGGUCUUACCCAAUCUCCUUCUCUGAGAAAUUAUGUGAAGACUCGUACAAGAGGUACCAGUAAAAGGUAGACAAUAGAUAGUAAUAUUACAGAGAAUAAAAUGGAAAAGUCAUCUCACCAUGGAGUUUGAACAAGGAAUGUAUGUAGCAGAUGCUUUGGGAGACAUAACUCGCUCCAUCUUUUAACAAUUUUUUACUUCCAUUUCUUACCAUAUGUAUUUGUCGCUACGUAAUAUUUCAAUUUUGUGCUUGAUAAUACAGAAAUCACCUUCAAAUA